AUGCUAAUGGACAUCGUGAUCAUCGGUCAGGUCAUCACGCACUACUGCCUCACCCGUCUCCUUACACUCAAGGUCUGGGAGGCAAGGGAGAACCAAGCACCUGUUGCUGGAAAAGUGGACUCCGAGUAUGUUUGCCAACUCGAGCAGAUGGUUGCGCGCCAGAGGAGCCUGUCAGCCUCCCUUACGUCCCAGCUGGAAACCAUGCUGCCCACUCCCAGCAAUGUCUCCACACCUGAGCAGGGGGAGGACAAAACAGCACUUGGAGGGAAAGUGGACUCUGAGUGCAUGCGCCAACUCGAGCUGAUGGUUGCACGCCAGAAGAGCCUGUCAGCCUCGUUUACCUCCCAACUGGAAAGUAUGCUGACCACUCCCAGCGAUGUCGCCAUGCCUGAGCAGGGUUAGUG